AAAAGGGAUGGGGUUGCGGUUCAAUCAAUUUAGGCUCCACUUCACAUGAACUCCACAUGCUCCCGCUCACCCCCAGCCUAAACCCACUCUCCCAUGUAAAUCAUCUUCUUCCAUAUAUAACAACCACCACUGUAUCUCUCAAUUAUCUGAACCAACAAUGGCGGUUCACUCUCUCUCAUCACUCCCUCUUCUUCUCACUCAUCCAAAACUCACCAAUUUCGUCACCAUCGCUUCAUUCUCCUCACCACGUGCUCCGCCAAAACCACUCGCAAUUAGGCGGAUUCGAAAUCACGCUGUUGCAGUUGGUGCAUACGCAGUGGGAGAGGAUUUUCCGCUGGAUUAUGCCGACUGGAUUCCGAAAGCGGAUCCUCGUGAUCGGAGAAGAGCCGGAGUGUUGCUUCAUCCGACGUCGUUUGCUGGACCCUACGGUGUUGGUGACCUAGGUGAUCAGGCUUUUCGGUUUCUGGAUUGGUUGAGUGAAGCCGGUUGCUCUGUGUGGCAGGUUCUAAUUUCGGUUAAUGUACUCCCACUUGUUCCACCAGGUAGAAAGGCUAAUGAGGAGGGAUCUCCAUAUUCUGGACAGGAUGCAAACUGUGGCAACACUCUUUUGAUAUCCCUAGAUGAGCUUGUGAAAGAUGGUUUAUUGACAAAAGAAGAGCUUCCUGAACCACUGGACUCAGAACGUGUGAAUUAUGAAACUGUUGCUAUAAUAAAGGAUCCAUUGAUAGCCAAGGCUGCAAAGAGGCUCAUUUCAAGUAACGGGGAUCUCAAAUGUCAGCUCGAAGAUUUUCGCAAAGAUCCUGAAGUUGCAAGUUGGCUUGACGAUGCAGCAUAUUUUGCUGCUAUUGAUGACUGUUAUGAUACAUACAAUUGGUAUGAUUGGCCCGAGCCUUUAAAGAAUCGACAUCUUGCUGCAUUACAAGAUAUUUACGAAACAAAAAGGGAAUUUAUCGACAUUUUUGUCGCACAGCAGUUCUUAUUUCAACGACAGUGGAAAAAAGUUCGUCAUUAUGCACAGACGAAGGGGAUAAGCAUUAUGGGAGACAUGCCCAUCUAUGUUGGUUUUCACAGUGCAGAUGUUUGGGCAAACAGGAAAUACUUUUUGCUUAACCGGAAAGGGUUUCCACUUUUGGUUAGUGGCGUUCCCCCUGAUGCUUUUAGUGAAACUGGUCAACUAUGGGACAGCCCACUGUAUGACUGGAAAGCAAUGGAAGAAGAUCGAUUUUCAUGGUGGGUACGCCGGUUAAAACGUGCACAGGAUCUAUUUGACGAGUUCAGAAUAGAUCACUUUCGGGGAUUUUCUGGCUUUUGGGCUGUUCCUUCUGAAGCAAAAAUUGCGACUUCGGGUAGAUGGAAGGUGGGACCCGGAAUUUCUUUAUUUAACGCUAUCUUUAAAGCUGUUGGUGACAUCAAUAUCAUAGCAGAAGACUUGGGAGUUAUAACUGAAGAUGUAGUCCAACUUCGGAAAUCCAUUGGGGCACCUGGAAUGGCUGUUCUUCAAUUUGGUUUUGGAAGUGAUUCAACAAACCCUCAUUUGCCUCAUAAUCAUGAGAAAAAUCAAGUUGUAUAUACUGGAACUCAUGAUAAUGACACGAUACGAGGCUGGUGGGAUGUUCUUCAGCAAGAAGAGAAAAGCAAUGUGCUUAACUAUCUUUCAAUUUCUGAGGAUGAUGAUAUCUCAUGGGCUCUAAUCCGAGCAGCUCUUGCUUCAGUAGCCCAAACUUCAAUCAUACCUAUGCAGGAUAUUCUCGGGUUGGGGAGUUCUGCUAGAAUGAAUAUUCCAGCAACACAAUCUGGUAAUUGGGGUUGGAGGAUACCAAAUUCUAUGAGCUUUUCAAGCAUGGAUACCCAAGCAAAGAAGCUAAGAGAUAUGCUUUCCAUGUAUGGCCGCCUAUGACUGCAUCGUAAGUUUUAUAUCGCUUACAUCCUUGUUGGAGACCCGGGUAAUUGGUGUUAUCCACAAUAAAACGAUUUCAUCUUUUGUAAUGUAAGUUGAGGAACAAUAAAACGGAAUGUAUUUGCUCAAUGUAGAAAGAUACCCGAUUGGUUUAUAAGCAUUUUCAUCCCUUGUAUUGUGUCAUGUUUUCCCAACUUGCAACUGUUUUUUAGGCACAAUAAUGUCUUUUCACCAA